UUAUGUUUUGCUUGAAGACGAGAAUUUGUUUAUGUGUGUUUUAAGUUAUAUUAAGUUAAAAACAGCUCAUUUAACUUGACCAAAUUUUUUAAUGGUGAUAAUGGAUUCAAGUAAUCCAGCCACUAUAGCCUACGGACAAUAUGUCAUUUUUCAGAGGAAAGAAUACAACAAACUCCAUUUGUUGUCCGAAAAGACAAGUAGUUUAUUUAUGGGCAAGGAUAAAAUUGAAUUAGAUGCAAUUUUUGGGGAAAAACUUGGUUCUACAUUCAAAAUUGUCCCAAAAGUAGGAUGUAAUAGACAGUUUACGCUUCAACUGUGUGAUACAAGUAAUGUUUCCUGUGGUAAAGAAUCUUUAAAAGAGUUAGGCAUAGGCAGUGGAUUGGACAACCGAAGCAUUCGUGAUGAUGGAUCAUCACAGUCGUUGACCUCAGGUAACAUAGAAUUACUAAGAGAUAAAGGUAUCGCUCCUAAAGUUAUAAUUGAGCAGCUCGUAGAAAAUAGCAAAACUUUCCACAUCAAGACAGAAUUUUCCCAGGAAAAAUACAUAAAGAAGAAAGAAAAAAAAUAUUUUGAGUUCAUCACCAUCAAAAGCCCUUCAAUAAGACUAAUAUCAGAAAUAUUUUACAAUAGAGAUUUGCCUAAAUCAGUUGGUAUACGAAGUGACACAAUCUCACAGAUUUCCACAACACUCAACUUGCAACCUAAUGGAAACUAUAUUUUGGUGGAAAAUGGUUUCAGUGGUAUGGUAGCAGCUACUCUUCUUAAUUAUUUAUCAUCCAAUGGAAAAUUGAUUCACAUUACCCCUGGUAACCAAAAUCAAAAACAAGCUGUUCUAGCCAUGAAUUUUUCAAGUGAUCAAAUGUCCCGACUAACAACAAUUCGUUUGUCAACAAUGUUAGAGUUGAUUGAUCAAGCUCAACCAACCAAUAAAAUUUUAGUAGAUAAUAUUACACCCGCAGCUCCUGAAACAAGUGUUACUUCUCUACCAUUAGCUAUAGAAACAAACAACCACACAAAAUCAAAUGAAAGGUGCAGCUUGGAUGAAGAAAAUAAGACAAACUCUAGUUCAAGCCCUGAGCCUCGCAAAAGGAAACAUUCGGAAGAAAAUAUUAGUACUUCAAACACUGAAUCUGGAGGUAAAAAGCCCAGGUGGGCUCUCGAAGCAGAAUUGGCUGUAGAAGUGAUCCAGAAAAAAGUUGAUGGUUUGGUAAUAGUGUGUAAAGAAUAUCCUACCAACAUUCUGAACAAGCUUUUAACCUACCUUUUACCAUCUAGACCCUUUGUAGUGUACUCCCUGUAUCAAGAGCCACUUGUGGCACUCUAUUUGCAGUUGAAACAGAGACACGACAUUGUGUAUUUAAGAAUAACAGAAACUUGGCUGAGGCCGUAUCAAGUUCUGCCUGAAAGAACACAUCCAUUUGUUACAGUUAGCUCAAGCAGUGGUUAUUUGCUGAGUGGGGUCAAAGUUCUUAACAAAUAAUUUUUGUACUUAUAACAGUCAUUAAUUUUUUGUAAUGUUUGAAGAAAUUAAGUUUGAAUUGAAUAAACAGCAUCUAGGUAUUUUUUUACAUGU